AUGCUUUUUAAUACUGUUACCUUACUCUCCCUUGUGGGCCUGGUGCCUACCUUCGCCGCUGCGCGGCUUUCCGGCUCUGUUGGGCCAUUGACUUCGGUCUCCGACAAAGCCGCCGUCAAGACUUGCAACGUCCUUGAUUACGGUGCAAAGGCCGACAAGUCCACUGAUCUGGGCGAGCCCCUGUUGUCCGCAUUCAAUGACUGCAAGUCUGGUGGUGUCGUGUACAUUCCGGAGGGAGACUAUGCGAUGUCGACGUGGGUGAAACUGGCCAAUGGUAAGGCCUGGGCAUUGCAGCUUGAUGGAACCAUCUACCGCACCGGUACCGACGGCGGCAACAUGAUCAUGAUCGAACACACCGACGACUUUGAGAUGUUCAGUAGCACCUCCAAGGGCGCCAUGCAGGGUGACGGAUAUGAAUUCCACAAGGACAACAAAUGGAGCGGACCUCGCCUGCUGCGGAUCUGGGACGUUACCAACUUCUCGGCCCACGAUAUCAUCCUGGUUGAUUCCCCGGCUUUCCACCUUUCCAUCGAUACCUGCACUAACGGCGAGAUUUAUAACAUGGCCAUCCGUGGUGGCAACCACGGUGGUCUGGAUGGUCUUGACGUCUGGAGUAACAACAUCUGGAUUCACGACGUCGAGGUUACCAACAAGGAUGAGUGUGUCACCGUCAAGAGUCCUUCUGAGAACAUCUUGAUCGAGAACAUCUACUGCAACUGGAGUGGUGGUUGCGGUAUGGGUUCUCUCGGUCCCGAUACGGCAAUCAGCGCGAUCACCUUCCGAAACGUGUACACCUGGAACUCGAACCAGAUGAUGUUUGUCAAGAGCAACGGAGGCAGUGGAACUGUUUCCGAUGUGACCUUUGAGAACUUUAUCGGUCACGGCAACGCAUACUCCUUCAACAUCGACAGCUACUGGAGCAGCAUGAGCAGCCAGGGCGGCAAGGGAGUCGAGCAUAGCAACUUCACCAUCAAGAACUGGAAGGGUACCGAGGCCAACGGUGCUGCGCGUGGACCCGUCAAGAUCAUCUGCCCUGACGGCGUUCCCUGCUCCGAUAUCACUUUUGAGGAUUUCGCCAUGUGGACUGAGGAGGGUGAAAGACAGACCUACGUCUGCCAGAAUGCCUAUGGCUCCGGCUUCUGUCUCCAGGAGGGCUCUGGUGACUCCGACGUAGCCGUGACCACGAGCACGGUCACCCAGGCUCCGUCGGGCUACUCUGCUCCCACCAUGGCUUCGGACCUUACCGCGGACUUCGGUAGCACCGUCUCCAUCCCCAUCCCCACCAUCCCUACCUCGUUCUACCCAGGUGCUACUCCGAUCAGCGCCCUCAUGGGGGCUUCGGCUUCUGUGAAUGCGCGUGAGGCUGUCGUCGUCGUGAGCUCGGCCAAGAGCACCGCUGCUGAGACCACCUCGGAGCCUACUGCCCAGCCCACCGGUAAAUUCCAGGCUCCCCAUCACUGGCGCCACCACCACCGCCACGGACACUACUAG